AUGGGUCUUCCCCUCAAGCUUGGCGUUCCCAGCGUCCCUGAAGAGUCUUCUUCUCAGCAGCAGUCAAGCCAGCCGGCUGCAGCCCGAAGUCAAGAGGCGUCGCAGACGGCCACCGGGGCAGGCGCAAACACCGGGGCCGGCACCAUACGUCCCAAGACGGAAGCUGAGCUCGAAGCCGAUCGAGUUUAUGAAGAGGCUAUGGAGGAGGAAUAUGCCAAGAGAGAUGGUGGCUCAUGA